AUGCCGUACGAAUAUUUUUUUGCUGUGUGUGCGCGUGUGUGUGUGUGUGCGUGCGCGUGUGUGCGUGUGUGCGUGUUCGCGUGUGUUGGCAGGGGCGGACCGACUGAUGACAAGUACCGGUCGAUGGAACAGCAGCUGGCGGCGUUGCGUAAGGAGAACGAGAGGCUGCAGAAGCAGCUGGCCAUGAUGCGACAGGCACUGCAGGAGGAGCAGACGAGAGUCGCGAACCUACAAAACACGGUGCGUAAGAAGGGGGGAACAGACAAAGUGAACUGUCUCGCCUUCUCCAUUCAUUCAGCUGCGUAUGCGACAGACAGCUCCUCGCCACCCAGAACUGAAAGAGGUGAGCCUAGCAUCCCCCUCUCUUUAAUCAUCACAUUCGAUCCCAUUCCUCGGUCCCUCUUUCUGUGUGCCAGCCGCUUCCCCAUGUGCCUCCCCCUGCAACUAUCUCUGCCGGCCCGCCUCUAUCUCCCCCAGUGCCGGUGCCCACAGUCCGCCCACCCAGCCGCAGGAGCUGGAGAGAGGAGGGUACCCCUCACCCACCGAGACCAUCCCCGUAUCGCCGCCACAGGCCAUCCACCGCCUCCUGUGACGAUGCUCGACCUCAUUGGCACACUCAGUGUGACGUGCUGGUCGGCAAUUGGUGUGCGUGCUGCUGACGAAGCACCCAGAGGAGGAGUGGCAACGUCUGACCCCUACUGCAAAGUG